AUGACGAGCGAAAAGAAAAAUGCAAUCAAUUGCAGGCGGCUGCACAGAGCCAACAUGAUUUUUGCCACCAUAAGUAACGACAACAAUUACAUAUGCAUCAUCACGUAUUACGAAAAUGAUUAUAACUUAGAGCUGUUCAGCGCGAACAACCAAAUGCAGAAAAUAUUUCGAAAGACCAUUCCAGACAGCAUAAACAAAGUUUACAUAAAUCAUUGCAAUAAGUAUAUUUGCGUGACGAGUCAAAAUGGCAGCAUAUACAUCCUCGACAUGAAGGGGAACCUUGUGUACAAAAAUGAGGAGAUGCAUUGCUUGUACUGGAGAAAGAGAGGUUCCCAAAAGGGGGGUGUCCCCGCAAAAAAUGACUACUCCAAAAGAAAACGCAAAAAAGAGACCAGCUGUACCCGCACCGAUAACGAACAUCAAGUGAAAGACAACACCCCAAGUGAAAAUACCACAAAGCGAUUUAAAUGUGACAAAAUGGCGAAGAAGGAAAAUUCAGUUGUACCCCUUCUUAACAAUAAUGUAAAAAAAACGAAUAGCGGAAAAUUAACGGGUGCAAAAAAUCACCUGACCUGGUCAGGCAAAAAUGGAGACAUAAAAAGUAGAAAGCAGUCGCUCAGCAGCAACUUUAUUAUGAGAAGCGAAAAAAACAAAAAGGGGCCUGUCCUGAGUGGGAAUGUAUUAAAGAGCGGCACAACAGCGAGGAGGUACAGAUCUGUAGGAAACGAAAAAGAGGGGAAAAAUCAACCCAACGGAAGGGUUUCCAUCAGGCAAGCCAGUCAUUGCAACAUGAAUAAACAGUCCAAGGAGAUAACCGGAUGUGGAAUAAAUAGGCCCAAAAAGCAGAGAGAAAAAAGCGACACACACACAGACAGUAAUAACCAGGCAAAUGGUGACGAGAUGGAAGAAAAAUACUCCGAUGUGAGCAUUAAAUCCAAUUCGCCCAUCUUCGGAAAUUACGAUUUUUGCUUAAAAAAAGAGAUGAGUGAUUACUUCUCCUGCAUCCCCUCGACGAAGCGGAUUGCAAAAUAUGGAGAAGUGAACGAAUUAAAUUCCAACGUACAGUACGAAAAAAUGCCGCUCGAAAUUGUAGACAUAUUCUGGAUUAACGUAGAAAAAGAUAACAGAAAUAAAUCUACAGAAAAUAAUGGCUAUCACUACCUUUUCAGUUACUUUGACAACGUGCAUAUUAUUCAUAGCCUGGACGUAGGGUUUAACAUUAUAUGCUCCAUGAAUUUAAAAAUUAUAUUUUACAAGUGCAACAUUUUAAACCAUUUUUAUAAAAAUAUUAAUUCGUACUUUCAGCUUAAAAAUAAAAUUGUUCAGGCAUUUAAAAAGGAAUUUAUAAAAAAAUGUAAAGCGCAAAAUAAGUACGCAUGUGUGCAUUUUGUCAAAUCGCAAAAACAUAAUUGCCAUCGAGCCAAAAUGAAUAACUUGAACACGUCAAUGAGCAGGGUUAACAAUCUCCGUCUUGGUCUGAAUGUACACAGUUGGGGUGGGACUGAGUUUUUUUCCUUUCCUCACCAUUUAGACGUAAAAGAAAGUAUCAUUAAAAGGAUCUUCAACGACCUCGUUAUUGACAUCAAGCAAUCUUACAUUUCGAAUGAGCAGCACUACGUUUUAGUGAACUACUACGUACAUGUGAAGCGGAAGUACUUGCGCUUCUCCAGCUUGGAGCUCCGCCGCUGGAGGCGACCCAGCGAAGCGGACAUCGAAGCGGGAAUCGAAGCGGGAAUCGAAGCGGGCAUCGAAGCGGGCAUCGAAGCGGACGUCGAAGCGGGCAUCGAAGCGGACGUCGAAGCGGGCGUCGAAGCGGGCGUCGAAGCGGCCAGUCUGACAUCCAUCGUACCGCCCAGCGAAGAGGCCAGCCUGACGUCCAUCGUACCGCCCAGCGAAGAGGCCAGCCUGUCGUCCACCAUAUCGACCAGCGAAGCGGGCAGUCAAGCCAAAAGGGACAGCAAACCCCAAAGAAGACGCAACAAAUUCAACCUAAAAAAAAUCAUCAUGAAUAAAGAAAAGGCAAACCAACUUACACUGCCAUCGCACAAGUACAAAAUGUGCCUUCUGGGGAUGCAAAAAUUUGGAGACGUGGAAAAAGAAUUCAAAUCAGUGGAAAAAAUAGUCCUCUACCUUUUACACUCCUCCAACAUCCUGCAGAGUAUCUUUCACAUAUAUAAGCAAAUGUCCACAAUGUACUCAAAAUUUAAUGAGUACAAAAAAAUGCAUAAAAUUUACCGAAGCAUUGUCGAAUUAAAUAGUCACUUUAAGAAAUUUUAUUACAAAGAUCGGACCAUGGUUUAUUUCUCCAAAUAUAUUAAAAAUCGGAGAGAAAAUUUUGACGAAAAUUUGUACAACUUAUUUUUUAAGGAAAACGAAAAAAGAGACUUCGCUCGCUACUACGAUGUGAUAAAAAAGAUGAUAAGUGACAACACGAUCUGCUGCUCAUGCUCGAAGGAGAAGUUUCUUAGCGGGCAGGUGACUGUUUCCGAGCAGGGGAAGGUGCUCCAUCAGGAGAAGAAUCUAGAUCGGGGGGAGGACCCUCCUCUACACGAAGGAGCUACAAAUGGAGCGAUCCCAUGGAUAAACAGUGGGGGGGAGGCGGCUAUGGGAAAUCAAUUCGAUGCGGCAAGUGGGGAAUUCUCAGAGGACUGUUUGAAGGCCCAUUUUGGAGGCACACGGCGCGCCGCCAAAAAGGAAGACCCGUUUGAGGAGAACAUAAAGAGGGGGGUCCUGAACAGCUACGAAGGGGGACCCACGAUAGGGUGUGUUAGCGGCGCGACUAGAUGUGAUAGCGGCGCGGCUCCAUGUGUUAGCGGCACAACUCGAUAUGCCAGCGACAUGAAUGGGCGCUUGAGCAGCGCAAGUGGGACGCUUCCCCCCACGGGGCAUCGAAGCAAGGUAAUCAAAAAAGAAUCCAAAGAUGUCUCGAAAGGGCCGAAGAGCACAACCAAUUGUCUGCAAAAAAUGGACACAAAAAAAGGAACCACUGCAAGAGGUCAGAUAAGUAAUAUGAAGGACAGCCGAGGCGCCGACGGUGUGGAGCUUAGGGGGAAGGGGAAAAGCAUCAGUCAUAGAAGCCUGUGUGGCACGCCCCUUUGCCGAAGUAGCAGCGCGAAAUGUUAUUACAACCGUGUGGAUGGAAAGCAUGAAAAGGAUGAUAGUCAUGGAACAGCCGCUUCCCUUCGAAGGGGAGCGGUAAAGAACAGGGUCAGCAAUGGCUUCCUUAGGAAAGGUAGCGGAAUUGCGCAUAGGCAAGGGGUAGCGAACAGACUGGAGGCAAUCGUCUUUGCAGGGGGGAAACGCAGUUGUGGGGGUGCGCCGAGAGGCGGCAGUGCACGUCCCGGUAGAAGCGCACAACGAGGGGCAUGCACACAUCGGCCCGCAAAGGGGGAAGCAGCGGAGGAGAAGAAGGGUGACGAUGGCGGUGACGAUGACGAUAACGGUGAUGACGACGACGACGAUCACGGUGAUGGCGACGACGACGAUAACGGUGAUGGCGACGGCGACGGCGACGACCUGCCCCUGUCGGAAGGCGAACUGGAGGAGCAGUUCCGCAGGAGCCGAAAAUUCAUCGUCCCCCGAGGGCAGAACAUAUGCACGAGCUGCGAACUCCUGGUACAGAAAAAGACAAUGCACAAUUUUGAAAAGUUCGAACUGAACUAUGUCAUCCCAAAAAAAAAAUUAAGUGACGAAGAAAUUUACACCUCCUUGAUCAAAGAUAUCUAUCUCAUGUACAGCGAACAAAAAUGCCCAAUUAAUCUCCUGCUACUUCUACAAGAGUUUAGCGAAAAGGAACUCCAAAAAUGCAUGAACAACUUCCAAGUGAUCCUAAACUACUACGAAAAGGUUUUCCUCGAAAAUGUAAACGAGCAUUUAAUAAAUUUGCACAGAAUAAUAUGUAUUUGUAAAUCCUUAAGUGAUAACAUACACGUUAUGCUGAAGACGUACCAUCUCGAUCGAAUUAAAAAAUUACAAGAAAUGAUCAUUCUUUGUGUUCGUAAGUUUCAAAAGUAUUACAAUUUGCAAACACAUUUAAAUAUCUUCCAUUUCUUAAUCGAGUUGUUACUGUUCAUUUCGAAAAAUAUUUAUUUUGAAAAAUUUCCGCAUUUAAGGAAGCAUUUUCGAAUUACAGAAAUGUCGAUGUAG